AUGUUUCGAAGACUCGCCGACCGAGUCUUCAACUCUUCUACCGAACAACAAAAUGUCAAUACAUUGAAGAACAUGGGUUUCUCGGAAGCCGAUGCCCGCAAUGCGCUUCAGCAAACUGAUGGCAAUCUAGAGCAGGCUGCCAAUAUUUUGCUCGCCAGAGGACCUAGUACUCAGCACAAUAGCAGCAGUGCACCGGCUCGUGACGCCAAUCGACAACAAGUUGAAGAUGACGAAUUGCAACGCGCACUUCAAGCGAGUAUGAUGACUACUUCUACUACUACACCACAGCUGGCAUCACGGAAUGCCCUGCCAAAGCCUGCCCCAAAGCGAAAGCCCAAGACGGCCGCUGCGACGAAUGCUGGAAAGGCAGCCUUGACUCGAGCCAACACGCCACCAAAUUCGGCUCAUUCCAGCCGAUCUUCAUCUCCCGCCAUUUCAAGUCAUCCCAACGUCAAGGUACCAACCAAACUUUCCAACAAGUCCAAGGAAGAGCAGAUUUUAAGAACGGCGGAUCGACUGAAAUCGAGUCCCAGUGCGCUCGACACACUCUACAAAACACUCAAGACACUCCAGUCGAAUCCCACUCAUCCCAAAUUUCGUCGGAUUGACCAAACGACGGCUGGAUACCAAAAAUCCUUGGCAAAUGCGCCAGGUGCCGAAGACUUGCUGCUGGCCAUGAAUUAUCGCAAAUCCAAUGGACACAUUUUGACCUUGGAAUUGGCGGAUCCGGCUACUUUGUAUCUCGGCAUUUCGGCCUUGGAACAGACCCGGUUGACGCCCGAGUACCUCUACGGGAAAAGCCUGCAACAAUUCCACAAGGAAUUGCGUCAAGCCUUCCAUUCGGCCGACAAUUCGGCACAAGAAGCCAUUGCACGUUCCCAACACAUGAGCAAGUUGCCGACGGAACCCACCAUGGGCGGAGCUUGGAUUUUUGUCAAUUUUGAAGGAUUGGAGCAGGAUUCCCAGUAUAAGCUCAAACGUAAAUUUGACGCAGACGAUACUUUGGGAGAUGCCUUGCAUUGGAUUGCGGGCAAUGGAACCGAAAUUCUGACCAAAUUGCAAUCUGGAGAGUGGGAAUUGGUCGAUGGAAAUCGACAUCCGCCAGCGUGUUUGGAUGUCUCGAAUGCCUCCUCGCGGACUUUGCAGUAUAUUGGAUGCUGGCCGUCGGGAAAGCUCAUUAUUCGGCCCAAGAGUAGUACUAAUGAUGGUAUGGACGCGCAGCAAGAGUCACAACAGCCAUCCCAUGCAAGAGGCUUGGGAGCGGCUCCCAUGUUGGACUAA